AUGAGUCUGGAGGACUAUGAACAACGAUUUAAAGAACUUAAGAGGCGAAGCUUUGAGGUCUCGAUCAAAAUCGGAAAGAUCGCCGAAAGGGAAGCCAAGGAGCAGGCUAAAAUAAAGAGGCCAAGAGUCUACAAGAUGGAGGCGGAUGAGAGCGAGGACCGGUCUUCGCAGGAUAGCGCUGAAAGACGCAGGGAAAAGUUGAUGGGUUACACUAUAAGGGAAUACGAAAACUGGGAAAAGAAACUGCAGGAGAAAGAGGCCAAGAAAGAGGGCGCAAACCUACAGGAACUGGCUAAAUAUGCAUACGACAAGCAGUUAAGCAAGUUUAGGAAAUAUGCUGGAACGCCAAAAUCUGCCAAAAUCCAGAAAGAUCAAAAGACAGGCAAGAUAAAAAUCAGUGACGAUAGGCAGCUAGUCAACCGGCUGGCUAGCGAUCUAGAAAGAACUUCGAAAGAGAGAUAUCUGGCACGGAAAAAGGAGAUGGAAAGGAGAAAUGUGCAAGCUACUCCCGGUGGAUACAUCAAUGACAAGAACAAACAAUUUAAUGAGAAGCUAGAUAGACAAGUAAAGGACGUGGAGCGCUAG